AAGAAAAAUUGCUGAGCAGUCAUGUCCCUCGUGUCGUGGACUUUUUUCAUUUUGAUAUCUAUAUUCUGCUGCAGAAGUCAAGCUGAAGAUGCCAUCAGUUGCCAACAUGACAAACUCCAGAUCUCGAUGUUCAUACAGCCCACAGGAAAUGCGCCCAAAGCCCAGCGUGGAACCGAUGUCACACUGAGCUGUGUAGUGGCCAGUCUCCCAGAAUCCUUCACUCUGCAGUGGGAGAGAGAAGGAGCUCCCACGUCUAACACCACCCUGUUCCUCAACAACACCGCCUACAUCAUCCUACACAGCGUCGACCAGCAGAGUCAGGGAACAUACACCUGCAAACUGAAGCAGAACGGAAAGGAACAGAUGUGUGGGAACCAAACAGUCAGUGUGUCAGAAUAUACGUACUCCAAAAAGACUUUUACUCUGUACCGCGAGACCUCCAACAGCAGCGAUUUAGCGCUCAUCUGCAAGUCAGAGAAAUUUUACGGAAGGAUAAGGUGGCAGCUAAACCAUCCAGAACUGAUAAUGAUCACUGCAGAAAAGGGAAAAAAUACUACCGUUAAUGGACCGAUUGAACCUGGGAAACGUACGUCCAGAUCCUACCAUGGACAGGAGCUCAUCUUUCACGUCUCACCUGUGAGGUUCAACUACAGUGGAGCAUAUACGUGUGUUGCGGACAAUCAAACCAACUAUUCAAUUGUAAGACUCCACACUGUCAGAGUCUCUGCAGAGCCUCCUGGUGCGUUCAGGAAUCAGUCAGUGGUUCUGACUUGUGAGGUAUCCGAGGGGGCUGACCGAGUGACCCUAGCCUGGCUGAGGAUGGAGGGGAACCGGGCAGUGUGGGUCAAACAGGACGCCCUGACAGGCAGCAAGAGGACCCUCAGUGUGACUCUGAAGAGCCUCUCUGAGGGGCAGCUCCUGUGGCAGUGUGCCCUGUUCAAUGACAGCACACUCCGAGCACUGGCCCCGAUAAAACUCCGCCUCCUCUCAACAUUUACAGAAACGCCACCGUCAGGAGAUGGUGUAGUGGAGGGCAGCAGCCUGCGCGCUGUGAUCAUCGCGGCGUGUGCUGUGGCCGCGUGUGUGGUCAUCUUGCUGGGAGCUCUGCUGUUUUACUUUCGGAGAAAGUCAGCAGCCGGUAGCCCACCAAGGACUGGAAUAAAAGCAGAUCCAGGCCUUUCUGAUCCAGCUCUUACUUACGUGAACAGAGGUGGUGGUCACGUUGCCAUGGCAAAAGCAGAGGAGGAAGAAGAGGAGCUUCACUAUGCCACCGUCACUGUUCUGGAAGUCUGUGAUGGAGCCGGUGGGAAUCCCAGAAAGAACGUACGUACAUCAUAUUUUAGAUUUUAUAACUGGCGCAUAAGUAUUCUUACAGGAGAUGCAUGGAAAUCUAAUCUGUACUAAUAAUAUUGCUUUAAUACUGAGAUACCAGGCGUCUGUUAGGUAGAAUAAUCAACUCUAUCCAUGUUUCCUGGUGCAUGCAUCUAAUCUCCUGUCUCAUUUACACAGACACCAGGUACCAGUGACUCGACCAUCUACUCUACUGUCCACUUCAACUGAGGAGCAUGAGCACUACUGCUAUUGUGAUGUACAGUCAAGAAGCUUAGUGUCAUUUCAUUCCUCUGUUUUUAUUUGUGAAAAUGAAUGAACAGCUGAUGCAAGUUCCCUGCACUGUACUCACAUACACUCAGUCUUGUGCUAAAGUUUAGGCACCCCUGGCUGGAUGACAUUGUUGAUUUUCUAAGUGAGAAUAAGUUAACGCACAUUCCACAAGCAGCAAAAUAUGAAUGAAUAUGACUUUUUCUGCAGAUUUUACCGCACAGCUUCUAUUUGUUUUGCUGAAUUUAA